UGUACUGGUCCCGAGUUGGCAGUAAACUUUAUAUUUUACCCUGUCGUGUGGUCGUUACCGUUACAAUGCCUGUGUGUUUAGAUGAUUCACAUGACGUGCGUGCUUACAACUUGACUAAGCAUUGACGGUUGGAUUUAGGUAUUGGUGGCGGUGUAGAAAAGUGCUUUAAAUCGGGUCCCUUCUUCCAUGGACUCACCAUGGAAAAACAAUUGAGUUAUUGUGAAUGUCUGUGAUGGAGAGCUAAUUCUAUGGAUAUUCUUUGAUUGAGGAGAUGAAACCUGCAGGAUGGGCGGGAUUUGUUCAAACAAAUGGGGAGAGAAGUUUUCUUAAUUGGUGGUAGGCUGACUAAAAAAUCAGGGAGCAGAGACAGACUUGAAAAACUCUAAGAGCUGUAGGAUAAUGAACCAUUAAGCGGUAGGGGGCCUACGUUUGGGUGUAGGGCGGGGUUCUUAACCCUUUAAAAGAGUUGUCUGCUGGCCCGUUCUCCACACCCCUCUCCUACACCACUUAUACGUGCGUACAGCAUUGUGCCCAUAACCUUAGAAAGUUAUUGGUUUUUGGAGAGUUCACUUGUCCAUUAAUCUUAGGGUAAGAACGGAAGUAAAAAUAGAAAAUGAACCUGAAUAGGAGCAGGUAAGGGAAAGUAUUGUAGUGCUUUGAAAUCCAGACCGAAAAGUUCUGACUUCAUUUGGAGUAUAUGUGUGGAUUGUUACAGGAUCUCAAGCAAGACCAUGGAUUCUUAUGAUACGCCAGAAUCGACUCUUAGACAAAGUGCAUCCUCAAAGCUUAAAGAGUUCUUUGUGGGUGCCACCCCUCUGCAGAAACGAUUAGAAUCAGUCAGGAAGCAGACUUCAUUUCUCCCAACGCCACCUCGAAGGAAAAUUCCCCACUGUUCACAACUGCAGGAAAAUGUUGAUCCUCAAAAGGUCACAUUCCUUCUGCAUAAGCAAUGGACUUUAUACAGUUUAACUCCCUUAUACAAAUUUUCCUAUAAUAAUCUCAAAGAGUAUUCUAGACUUCUGAAUGCAUUUAUUGCUGCUGAAAAGCAAAAAGGACUUGCUGUGGAAGUAGGAGAAGACUUCAGCUUCAAAGUGAUUUUCUCUACUCUUCUAGGAAUGAAAGGAACUCAAAGAGACCCUGAGGCAUUUCUUGUCCAGAUUCUAUCAAAAUCUCAAUUGCCAUCUGAGAACAAAGAAAAUAAAGUGUUGUGGACUGGUUGGUUCUGCUGUAUAUUUGGAGAUAGUCUUCUGGAGACUGUUUCAAAAGAUUUCACUUGUCUACCUUUAUUCCUUGCAAAUGGAACAGAGUCUAACACGGCUUUAAUCAGAACCUGGUUUCAGAAAACCUUUGACUGUUAUUUCAGUCCCUUAGCAAUCAAUGCAUUUAAUCUUUCCUGGAUGGCUGCUAUGUGGACAGCAUGCAAAAUGGACCAUUAUACAGAUGCUACUGAAUUUCUUUGGUCUGUACCCUGUAGCCCUCAAAGUCUGGACAUUUCUUAUGCCAUACAUCCAGAGGAUGCAAAAGCUUUGUGGGAUAGUGUCCACAGAACACCUGGGGAAGUUACCCAGGAGGAAGUUGACUUAUUCAUGGACUGCCUUUAUUCACAUUUCUAUAGGCAUUUCAAAAUUCGUUUAUCAGCUACAAGAUUGGUUCGUGUUUCAACAUCUGUAGCUUCGGCACAUACUAAUGGAAAAAUAAAGAUUUUGUGUCAUAAAUACCUUAUUGGAGUAUUGGCAUAUUUGACAGAACUGGCAAUUUUUCAAAUUGAAUGAGGCUUUAUAUGGACUAAAUUAUAUAACUUUUCUUACUGAUAAUUGCCUAAUUGCUACACUGAGAGAUACCGAAGGGAAAUGGGCAUCAUCUGUGCAUGUAUUUUCCUCACAGUGUAUUUUGAGUUGCUCAGCUGGAAGUCAUGAAGGAUCUGAUAGAACAGAGAAGAUGGUAGUGGAUGAACCAUAGCCAGGUGCUCAUGUAAUUCUCAUGGAAGUCUGACAAUCUGGGAUAAUGCUGAAUGUUAACUUAUUGUCCAUCUUUCCAAAAAAAAUUGUAUAAUGUUUAUUAUGUCAAACCUUUGGGAUUCAAAUGAAAUAUCUCUAAUGUUGAAUAUUUCUGAAUGGUCCUUUAAAGCCUUUAAUCUCUUUUAAGAUUUUAGACUUGUGUUAAGAGACGAUUUCUGUUCUCUAAAGAUAUUUUCCUAGCAUCAUUUUGUUGUAGAGAAUUGGUAAUUAAAGUCCUCUCCAGAGGAAACUAAAGAUUAGUAAUACACAUUUUAAAAAGCCAUCAAUAUGCUUCUGUUUUUAAAACUUUCCAAUUCUUACUGCAAUGUUGAAUUAAAUACUCACUUUUAAAAUGAAGUAUUGUGAUUGUUACUAGGUGACCACCUUGGGAAGUUGUAGACUUUUCUUUUAGCACAUAGGUUACAAACCAAUAAUUAUAUGAUUGUGGCGUUGAAACUCCUGUGUAAACCUCUUUUGAGUGCAAAAAAUAUCUUGUUUAACUUCCAUGUCCCUAUUUUUGCUCUAGCAUGCUGCUUUGUAAGUAUUUGUAGGUUUAGUGAAUUAAUUUUAACCAGUUUACCUAUUUUGCAGUUGAAAACAGAUUAAGCAAUUUAAGAGACUUGCCUCAGAUGUUAUAUAUAAAUCUUUUUACUUACUGAGCAUAGGAAGAUUUGUUUUACUUAAGAAACAUUGUUCUUUUAAUAUCUUGCUUGAGAGAAACUAACAGGCUAUUCUGAAAGCAGACAUUAGCUUCCAUAAUGGAUAUUAGUUCAAAUAUAUAAGAAGCUACUGAGGAGUGGAAAAAGUAUGGGUUUGGGGUCAGAUAUUUAUUCAACUAAUAUUAAGCUCCUUCUUAAAGUUAUAUUGGGUAAUAGGAAUAGAGCAGUGAGGACAAAAAAGGUUUUUGUCCUGUGGAGAUUAUAUUCUAAUGGAGGAAAGUAAAAGAGAAAUAAUUUUAAAUGCUAUAAAGAAAAUAAGGCAGUACAAUAUGAAAAAGGGUGACUGGAAUGAGACCUAAUUUACAUAGUCAAAGAAGUUCUCUCAGAGGAAGUGACUUUUGAGCUGAGUCCUGAAUGGUAAGACAGAACCAGCCAUGUAAAGAUCAGAGGAAGAAUGUUCUAAGCAGAUGAAACUGGAAUAGGAAAGGCCUUAAAACAGCUUAGGACUUGGGGUAUAUGAGGAACAAAGGAUGUCUCUGUGACUGGAACAUAGUGAAGUGGAUAAUAUGAGAUGAAACAGAAGAGAUUGUGCAACAGAUUGCUUCAGUGGUGUUACAUUUCCCAAUUUUGUCUGGGCACAUGGCACACAGUAUAGUUACAUGACUAAAUUUGUCCCUUAUUCUUUCAACUUUGAUUCCUGGAACACAUAUGACUGAUACUCUAGUUAUUCUUUUAGGUCACAGGGAUGAGAGUCAGUUCCUAGGGAUGGUGGAGCAAUCUGGAAGGAGUUUGUGCCCUGAAGACUUCUUGAAGCUGAAUCCUAAAUGCCAUCUUUGGAUGGUCUUUCAACAGACUUAUGUGUCAGAGAAGUAAAAUUCUAUCUUACUUAAGCUAUUGUUAUUUUGGGUCUCUUGCUUAUAGCUAAACCUAAUCCUAGCUCAUACAGAGAGGCAGGAGCCAGCCACAUCAUGGAAGUUUUUAGAGGUACUUUAAGAAACUGGAUUUUGUUCUAAAUGCACUGGGAAGCCACUGAAGUCUUAAGCGGAGAGUAAUGUUACCUGAUUUGUAUUUUAUAAGAUUUUGUAAGAUAUGAAGGAGAGUGAGUUAUAGAUGGAUCAGAGUGGAAGAGGGACCACUAAUCCCACUUUAGGAUUCUAUCCUUGAAAUUCACUGGCAAAAAUACAAAAUCAAGCAUGUACAAGGCUAUUUAUUUCAAUAAUAUUUGCAAAAGUAAGACAAACAACAAUAAAUGUCCUUCAAAAGGGGAUUGGUUGAAUAAAUUAUGCCAUAACUGUACAGUGAAUUACUACUAUGUAACAAUAAAAAGGUUUGAGGAAGAUAUCUACUGCCAUGGAGUGAUCUCUAGAAUAUAAAAUUAUGUGAAGAGUAAGAUGUGGACAGAGUGUAUAGUAUGCACAGAAAGUACAGUGUGCUUUCUUUGGUGGAAGGAAUGGGGGAAAUAUGAAUGUGUGUGGGUAUUUUCAAAAAACAAAGGAUAAGACAAAAACUAAUAGGUGGUUACUAAUAGAGGGAAGGAAAUGAGUGGAGGUGCAGUAAUGGAAGUUAAGAUUCUCUGAAAUUUUUUUUGUUUAUAGUUUAGAAUCAUGUAAGUGUUAUAAUUUAUUUUGAAGCAAAAUUAGAUCAAAAGGAAAACAAAACAAACCUUAAUAAUUGACAACAGGUGAAUAUAAUUUUAUUAAGUUAUGGCAUAAUCAUAAAAAGAAUUAUUUUUAGUAUAUUUACUAAAUUCAUUGUUACCUUAUUAAUAAUAUUGGUAUUGUUAUUUUCCUACUAUUUAUAAGGCAAAACAUAAUUAUAUCAAUGUGCUUUUGAUAUUGUAUCUAAGAAAUCAUUACUUAACACAAGGUCCUGACAAUUUACUCCUAUGAUUCUUCUAAAAAUUUUAUAAUUUUAGCUCUUAAAUUUAGGUCUGUAAUACAUUUUGGGUUAAUUUUUAUGUCUGGUACGAUGUAGGCAUCCAAAUUUAUUUUGCAAGUGGCUAUUCAUUUGUGAUAGCACCAUUUGUUGAGAGGAUUGUUGUUUUCCUAUUGAAUUGUCUGUCAUUUUUCUUAAAAAUCAGUCAGUUUUAGAUGUUUAUUUUUGGGCUGUUAGCUCUGUUACAUUGAUCUAUGUCAAUUCUUUUGCUAGUCCCACACUACCUUGAUUAUUGUUUUUUUGUGGUACAUUUUGAAAUCAUGCAUGCCAGUCUUCCAGCAUUGUUCUUUUUUCAAGACUGUUUUGGCUAAUAGGGGUUUUUUGUGUUUCCAUAAGAAUUUUAAAAUCAUUUUGCCAGUUGCUCUAUGAAAGUUAGCUGGGUUUUUUUAAAAAACUAUUUCUUUAAAAUUUUAUUUUUUAAUUAGCAACCUUGGGUGGGGGUUGGGGGAGUUACAUUAGGACUCGGAGGCAAAAACAAAGACCCUAGCCAGGCAGUUUUUUCUAAUCAGGGUAGAGUAGAGCUUAACUUAACUCAGACCCACUCCUGCUCUGUCCAUAGCCUGCUCUAUAUCCUGGUCCCACAUAAGAUUCACUUUAUUCCAGAGCCUAGUUUGAGGGCAUCAUGGCUGCUUCAAGUUUGAGCAUCCCUUGCAACUGUUACUGGUGGUGCCACUCAGCUGUGACUGGAGCUUCUAUCUGGUCUGAUAAGUGGGAUUUCUAUAAUUGUGUUGAAUCUGUAGAUCAGUUUGGGGAGUAUUAUCAUUAUAAUGAUAUUAAGUCUUCUAAUCCAUGAACCUUUUCCUAGUUUUCCAUUUACUUACAUCUUUUAAAAUUUCCUUCAACAAUGUUUUUAUAGUUUUCACCUUAUACAGAUUGCACUUUUUGGGGUUACAUUUAUUCCUAGUUAUUUUAUUUUUUAUACUAUUAAGAAUGAAAUGAUU